AGUUAAACGUUAUUUAAUAAUAAUAAAAAUUUAGUAAAAAAAAUAAUAAUAACUACUAUUCAAAAAUUUUGUGUAUUCAAAAAAAUAAAUAAAAUAAAAUGUCGAAAAUUAUUAGUUUAAUUACUGUAUUGGUGUUAUCGGUAAUUGUAUUGCAAUCAGUGGUCAAUUGUAUAGGACCGGGAGCACCGGGUGCUGCCGGAGGUCCGGGAUCAGUUGGCUCACCCGGACAAACAGGCGGUCCGGGACAAGCGGGAACCGAUGGCGGCGCCGGCGGACCCGGUAUUGAUGGCGGACCCGGUGGUUACGGUUGUCCCGGUGGACCGGGCGGUGCUGGCGGUACUGGCGGUGCCGGAGGACCGGGCGGUGCUGGCGGACCGGGUGCACCGGGAGGUAAGGGUGGACAGGGUGGUGCCGGUGGUCAGGGUGGAAAAGGUGGCGGCGCUCCAGCCGGUUGUGUUAGCGGACCGGACGGUGCCAAUGGUCAAGCGGGUGUAUCGGGUCCUAACGGUGCUUCGGGAUAACCGUUUUUUUUUUGCUAAUGUUUUUAUUUAGUUAUUAUUAUUAUUAUUAUUAUUAUAUAUUUUUUUUGUUAUUGAAAUAUUCAAAAAACUUUAUC